GCGUGCCAUGCGCGGGUGCGGCCAUGUUGCGGAGCCAUGUUCCACAGCAGCACGCAGCGCCGGCACUGGACCUUUCGCGGCGGGGAGGAACUGGCGCGGCGCCGCGCCGAGGGGAACCGCCGGGCCCGGGCCAGGGCGGCGGCCAGCGGGAAGGUGCCGCAGGGCGACCCGGUGCUGCUGGAGCCGCACGAGGAGCUGGCGCUAUGCAAGUACUACGAGAAGCGGCUGCUGGACUUCUGCGCCGCGUUCAAGCCGGCGAUGCCGCGGUCCGUUGUGGGAACAGCUUGCAUGUAUUUCAAACGUUUUUACCUCAAUAACUCAGUGAUGGAGUAUCAUCCUCGGAUAAUAAUGCUAACAUGUGCAUUUUUGGCCUGUAAAGUAGAUGAAUUUAAUGUAUCCAGUGCACAGUUUGUUGGUAACCUUCGAGAAAGUCCUCUUGGACAGGAAAAAGCUCUUGAACAAAUACUGGAAUAUGAACUGCUACUUAUUCAGGAACUGAACUUCCAUCUUAUCAUCCACAAUCCAUACAGGCCAUUUGAGGGAUUUCUAAUUGAUAUUAAGACUCGCUAUCCAGUGCUGGAAAAUCCUGAAGUUCUGAGGAAAACAGCUGAUGACUUCCUUAAUCGAGUGGCUCUGACAGAUGCGUAUCUGCUCUUUACGCCCUCACAGAUAGCUCUCACUGCCAUAUUAUCUAGUGGCUCAAGAGCAGGAAUUAAUAUGGAGAGCUAUUUAUCAGAAAGUCUGAUGCUGAAAGAAAACAGAUCAACCUUAUCCAGAUUACUAGAUGACAUGAAAUGCAUGAAAAAUCUCAUAAAACGAUACGAACUGCCGAGGCCUGAAGAGGUUGCUGCUCUAAAACAGAAGUUAGAGAAGUGUCACAGUUUGGAGCUUUCAUUUAAUACAAACCUGAAGAAGAGGAAAGGCUAUGAAGAUGAUGAAUAUGUCACAAAGAAAUGUAAAAUGGAUGAGGAAGAGUGGACUGAUGAUGAUCUUGUGGAUUCAGCAUUACUUUGAAGAAGAUGGACUCCUACCACUGCAUGAACUACUCUCUGGUGUCAGAAUUACAUUGGGGAUAUCUACAAUCAAGCCUUUGAGGGUGAAAAGCAUACGCUCCAAGAAGAAGUCAGCCAACUGAUGUGGGUAACUUGACUUCGAACACAGCAUUCAAAAGCUUCCUAUUUUGCUACAUUAGACACUACAGCGAUUUCAUGUCUCCUGCUGCAUAAAAUAUGGAUUCAAUCUGAAGCACAUAGUCACCUGAGAUGAUAUUAAACAUCCUUGGGUUCAGGAUAGCAGGACAAAUCAGUCGAAGAAAAACAAAGCCACUGAAAUGGAAAGAAAAUUGUAUUUCGUUCAAAGCCAUUAGAAAAUUAAUGUAAAAUUGUGUAUCAGGAAUAAAGUUAAUGUGGCAUCUUGAGACAAACACCAAGCAACUAGCCCUUGCUCUGUAAAAAUAAAAAUUAAGAUCAUUGUACAUCAUGCUACGAUUCUAUGAACUGCAGUGAAAUCUGAAAGAAGAGGCACAUUGAUUUCCCAAUAAAGGUGAACUGUUCAAAUUGUGUAGGAAGAAAUUGAUUGCCAAGUCAUAAUUAAGCCAAUCCCAGACCAUGCUGGCCUCAAAAAGGAGCUGUCCUUGGUCUCUGACCUCCCAGAAGUUCUCCACUUUCUGCUGCUGCAAGUCAUCCAUCCCACAGCCACCCACUUCCUCAAGCCAUCAUAAGCUGGAGCACAGGAGUGGAUGGGCAAAAGGAUCAUCUCUUGGCAGAACACACCUUUAGGUCAGCUUCAGCUGAUCCAUUAUCCCUGAUGAUAGCACACUUCAGUAGAAAAAUAAUAAGGGAUCUGCUGCUUUACACCAUGAAAGAAUUGCUGCCAUUUAAAAAGCUGGAAAAGGAGUGCUCUGUUCUAACUGUGGAACUAGGAAUUCGUUCAACAGGAACCCAGAAUAGGCUUCAGCAGCAUGAGAAAAAUCUAUCUUCCUGUUAAUAUCAGAGGUAAAAAAUCACCCAUUCAGGUUAACCUCAACUCCAGCUAAUUACUGUACAAUGAAGUGACAUACAAACCAAUUUAAAUCAAUCUGAAACAUCUGUAAUUUUGUCCUUGGACACCAUCAGCAGGCUGGAUUUCACCUCAGCAAUACCAGAGCCUGACCACUAAUGAAGGGAGGAAGGGAACCUUGCCUGUUGUAAAGUACACCGUUAUGGAAAUGUCUGCAUUUCUUUUAAAUGACAAACAGUAGUGAGGUUGAUGCACCUUCUGUAAGUCCAAGACACGUAGUAUGUUCUGUUACAGGUAUGUCUUAUCUCUAAGAAAUGCAAGUUAUGGGGUGGUAAGAAAGCAGUUCUUGGUCAGAGGUUAAGCUAAAAUACUUUCUGUGGUGAGAAUUUAAAGCUAGAAGUAAUUAAUUUUGAAGUCAUGGCACAUACACCAGUCCCUGUUUUAAAGUGCCCAAAGUUGAAGACCAACAAGGUACGCAUCUAGCAGAGACUCUGCUGAUAGGGAAGAUCUGAUGCUUCUUACCUUUGUCAACCUACCCAAAUUAAGAAUGAGCAAAUACCUACAUGGAAGUUUUAAACCAAAGAGAAAUGGUAGCACAUUCUGACUGAUACAAUAGAAAAGACACCCAGAUAUCAAAAAACUGUCCAUCUGGAUCUGAAUAUUUAAUCAUUCUUAAACCAAAAAUAGUGCAGUGAAGUAAUAAACAUCACUGAAGGCUGUGAAACUCUGCACUCUAGAGAGAAAUCUCUACUAUCCACUUGUGAAAAUGGAACACCAAAAAAGCAAGUGAUAAAGUAUUUUUAGCAUCCAGUGGAGACCACUGGGAAAACUCUGAAAGUGAGCUGUGUGUCCACUAAUGAAAGCGACGUGGUCCUCUUUGGAGCUGGGGAGGAACAGUAAGAGAUACGGAAUUCACUUUGGUGCUUUACACCCUUCCAGCAGCUUAGCCCCUCAGAGUACAAAGAACUCUUUAGAGUAGGAGCAGUCUCCAUUUGAAGGCAAUGCUCCUUCACAGUAUGGAACAUAUAAGGCUUCUGGUGUCAAAAUGAUCAAUAAAAGCCAAAGACAAAUCCUCUGAAAGAUCCCUCCAUGGGAGAUUAACCUCCGCUACUCACACAACUGCCUGACACCACAAAAAGGAAAACUGUGGCUCUGAUACCCUUAAAAUCCCCACCACAUUUAGAAAAAGUGUCAAGACCAGAGCUUUGUCAAAGGUUUUUGACCUCCCCUGGCAAUGAACAGAGCUAAAACUUUUGUAUUGCGCUGGUUUAGUAAUAAAUAGACUGGAGUUUUGGUGGCUGGUGUGAGUUCAGUAGAGCCAGGUUCUGUAACCUUCAGCAUUUUCAGAGGAGCUCUAGAAUACAUUUCGACAUGACUGGGCUGUAGUACUGUAAAUUCGAAGUUAAAACCAUUAACUAAAGCUAUACUGACCUCUAUACUACAUCAUUUUAUUCUGGCAAGGCUCUAAGAACAAGACCAAGAAUCCAGCAAGCUCAGUCUUUAAUUGGGACAUUGUGCUUCAUCAUCGUAAAUAUCUUAAACACUGCAGUAACCUGUGUAAGUACAUACAGUUUUGUCACUGAAAGAAACAUAGAUAAGCACACUGAAGUAUGUCUUCAACAAGGCAUGGAAGAACUAUUUCCAGAAUAAGGCUGACAAGUAACUUACCUAACAACUCUGGUUCUCAUGGUAGUAUUAGCUGGCCAUUUGUUUUGAACAGACUUCUGUAGGCACCCAUAAAUAUACCUCAGCGUCCUGCAGAAAUAGCAGUUAAUUACUCAUUGCAUUAAAUAACACUGUCCCUGGCACGAGCUCUGGUGUGCCCUCAGUCAGAGGGGACACAGCAUUACUUCUGCAACAUCUUUCAGGACUGACUUUGGUAGCAGGAAAGGCGCUGGCUGGGCACAUGUGCUGCUUCCUCCACAGAGGAGGCACAACAGGGGCCAAUGGUCUGGGCUCACGUUAGUCCAGAGGCAAAGGAAAAGAGAGGCGCCCCUGGUCUGGGUUCCAACAGGUUUAUUGUCAGAGGUUCCAGCAACCAGAAAAAAGGUGCCAAGGGGCUUUCGCUUUCAGUUUUGUAGGGGGUUUGAAAAUGGUGGGGAAAGGGAAGGCAACCAAUGAGAUACAAGCCGGGGAAGGAUACAAAUUAACAACAACCAAUGGGGGAAAGGAGGCAGGAGUUACAACAGGGAGCCAAUGAACAACUGAAUAACAGAGAACUUUCUCUAACGGGGGAGGCAGUUUGAGCCCAGGUACUGCCCAGGGGGAUGCGGCUUAGGCUUCUGUGCCACCCAUCGACCCACCCUCCGACUCACUGUCCUGGGUGGGGAAAUCCACCAAGGGAUAGCCCUGAUUUGAUUGGCAUUCAACUGCCCCAGCCUAACAGUGGGCUGGAUCACUGCAACAAUUAAACUUACAGAAUCAAAAAAGCUGGGAAGAAAGGACCUAGACCAACGUCCUACUUGAUGCAGAACUAUUACCAACUUUACAUUAGUAACUUAGAGAAAUCCUUAAAUUAUAAAUUAACUCAGUUAAAGUUAACACAUUUAUAAAAAUUCUAUUUUAAAAGUUUGUUUUAAAAAGUACAUUUAUAAAUGACAAGGAAAAUCCAUUCUGUGCAAUUCUGUGAUCAUUCCGAUGUGCAUUAAAUGUUUUGUAACUGUU